AUUCAUUGGAGAGAAUGUGAGAGAGGCCUGAGAGAGUGGGGGAAAAGGAGAGAGAAGAAAAGUAUACACCUCUGCACAUUUCCUUUCAUUUCAGUUUGUCUAUCAUUCAGUAAACUUCCUGUCAUCACUGCUUUGAGUUUGAAAUGGAACGCUGGCUGCAGCUGCUGGUGCUUUUUCUGGGCCUGCUUCUUGUUAACACAGAUAGCCAAAACCUGAAUGCCUCAUCCACCAGUCGUACACCAACCAAAGCGACAAAGGCCACCACUGUGCCCACCUCCCAUCCCAUAGCCACAUCAACAAGAGCAGUGGUGGCUUCUGCACAGCCAUUCCAUGAGCUAGCCCUGGUGAGAGUGAAAUGGUCAAUCCCAUGCAAGGGGGCCGUCCGCCUCACCUGGCCCGAAGGUGGAGAUGAAUCUGUCUGCUUUUUAAGCCCAUACAAGAUCAAACUCGUAGGUCUCUGUCCCAAUAUGAAAUGUGGACAUUUCCAGGCCUGGGGAUCCUCUGGGUCUAUGACCGCCGGCCUGUAUAUUCAUAGGAAUGGGACAAUGACAAGCCAGAAUUGCACUGCGCUCCAUGUUCAGUGCACAGGCUGCAGUGGGGAGGUGGUUGCAUAUAAGGCCAUCACAGGUCUUCUUCUUGUCCUGGUGCUGGGAGUCCUUCUGCUCCGCUUCGGGAAACCUACAUACAACGCCCUCCGCAAAAGAUUGUCUCAGAGACAGCAGACGCGAUGGAUUGGCCCUACGCAAAGCCAAAGUGUGUACUAUAACAGAGAACAGCAGGCCGGCCUGCAACCCAACAACAACACAUUCAAGAGACACUCCUAUCCAGCAGCGUUGGAAAAGCUCACAGUGACUUCAAGCAGAGAGCCUUCGUCUAACCGGAACAGUGACUAUUCAUACAACUAAAUGAGAAUCUUUUUCACCGUUUUGUUGUCAUUAUCUUCAUCACCAAAGUGUUAUUUAUCUGAGUGAUGCUUGGCCUUAUUUUGCAUUGUGCAUUUUUACUGUUUUGGGGGGUUCUUUUUUGGGGCGGGGGUAUUUUCAUAACCAUGUACAUAAAAGUAUGUUUCUUUGAAUUGCAUUUUCUGAAAUAAAGCCCAUUCCUGAGACAA